UCAAAAUGCUCGACGGCUGUCUUCGCGGCAGUCCCGUUCCAGUCUAACGGGACAGCACACUUCAGACACAAUCCAUCCUCACUUUGCUAGUUUUAAGUGACCUACAUUUUACUGUUUUAUGUUGUGCGACGGCAACCGAUAGUCUGGUGUUGCCUCUCUGAAUGCGAUGCAGUGCUGGUCUUGGAGUAUAGGGAGGUCCUUCAGCAUCUGCAUCUGUCUUGUGCUUCAGUUUCUCCGCUCGCCGUGAAAAUUGUGAGUGGAACCAGACAAGUGCAGGAGCGUUCCAGUGAAGGGUACGGAACAGUGUUGGAACAUGUGGGAUGGCAGACGAUUUGGAUACACGUCGGGGGACCGUACUGCGGUUGAGAAGAGGCAUCGACAACGGCGGCGACCCAUGGCACGAGUACCGUCGACACUGAUAGCGCUAGUUUUUGCAUUACCAGUCAUAUCCAUAGCCAAAGGUCUCAAAAUCAAUCCAACAUCAUGCGAAAAUGCAAUGAACGAAAAAGGAACGUGCAUGUUUGUUUGGGAAUGUAUCAAGCUAGAAGGACAACAUCUCGGGACAUGCAGGGACGGUUUCCUGUAUGGUUCGUGCUGCCGCUACGACGACAGUAUCAACAGCGUCGUGGACGCCCCACACGUCACAGACUCGUCUUCCACUGCGUCACCGGCAUCUUACCAUAAGCCACACAAGCCUCCGCACCCAUUAACGAAGCCGCCAACGACGGGCUUCAACUCCGCGACUUCUAAUUCCAACACGUACCCUCCCCGUAACUUUACCCUCAUAUACUUAACGCCGACGUCUUCCCAAACAGUUUCCCGACCGACGUCCAUUGUUGGAGUUAGGCCUACGACGCAGGUGAUGUCAACGAGUAUCCAGACAACGAAAGCAACCACAACAACCAAAAAGCCAUCGAGCGUUGCUUCUUCGCAGACAACGACGUCCAACACCCGGUGGCCACCUACACUUCGUCCUCCAGGCAUCACAAGUUUCUGGUCGCUGUUUAGACCUAGGCCUACGUUGAUGCCCCUCAUUACAUUCCUGCCAACGCGCAAGCCGACUGUGACGUCGACAGUUAAACCUGCGUUGCAAUCUACGUCUCAGCUGACGGCCCAGACGGUCCAGUAUAAGCCAUCGACCUCGGUGGCAACAUCUGCAACGCCGGUGGCGACUACGGUGAAGCCACCUCCUCCGCCUUUGCAAGCAGAAUCCUCACAGGCAGUCAAGAAUCCGAAGGCUGACUGUGGCAUGCCAACAUUGCUGCCUCAGACCAAAGUCGUGGGAGGAAAGAGUGCAGCAUUUGGAGCAUGGCCAUGGCAAGUAUCCGUGCGACGAACAUCGUUCUUUGGACUGUCAAGCACACACCGGUGCGGAGGCGCCAUCCUGAAUCGCUACUGGAUAGCCACGGCUGGGCAUUGUGUGGAUGACCUGUUGCUGUCGCAAAUUCGAAUACGGGUCGGGGAAUACGACUUCUCCAGCGAACUGGAGCCCCUCCCGUUCGUGGAGCGGGGAGCCAAGAAGAAGUUGGUACACCCAAAGUAUAAUUUCUUCACCUACGAGAACGACCUGGCCCUCGUCAAGAUGAGCGAGCCCUUGGAGUUCAAACCGCACAUCGCUCCAAUUUGCCUUCCGCCAGACAACGAGACGGACGACCUCAUUGGACAGAACGCAACCGUCACAGGAUGGGGUCGGCUCAGUGAAGGUGGGGUGUUGCCGUCGGUGCUGCAGCAGGUGAAAGUUCCUAUCGUAAGCAACGAGAAGUGCAAGAACAUGUUCCUCGCCGCAGGAAGGCACGAAUAUAUACCGAAUAUCUUCAUGUGUGCGGGAUUCGAAGAAGGUGGACGAGAUUCCUGUCAGGGUGACUCAGGCGGACCACUUCAGUUGCAAGGCAAAGACGGCCGCUGGUUCUUGGCAGGUAUUAUCUCCUGGGGAAUCGGCUGUGCCGAACCCAAUCUUCCUGGAGUCUGCACGCGGAUAUCCAGAUUUAAAGAAUGGAUCAUCAAGAGCACGACGUAGAAGUUACCGCCCACAUCUGUGCUCUGAAUGAUAGCUCCCCCUAAGGGCAUCCCAGGAGGAUUCAUGUCGCAUAUUUAUUACCGGCCUUGCAUCGACUCACAUGAAAGAUUCGUGUCGAGUUCACGACGGCGCAAUCACCAUGGACAUUUUGUGAUACACAGCAAGCCGUGGACAGUCUGCAUGGCAGCGUUUUCAAAGGCUCGAACCAGUGCAACCUAUAGGUACCAUUCAUGAAGCCCUGUGUUACAAUAAUAUAUAAAGGACUUUGAAGCAAUACAUUUCUUCCUCUCUUUCCGUGGCUUCAAGACCAAGUGUGCAGAAGACUGAAGGUGAUUGACUAUGGUGAUGUUUUGAAAGACAGUGGCAUUGCAGUUUACAAACGACACUUUCUAGUACAGCUGGUCCCAAAACCAGUGAAGAGAUUAUCGAUGUCAUAUUCGCAUAAGAAAAUAUUAGUUACCUGAGCAGCA